ACAUCAGCUCCUAGUUUCUUUGAAUCAAUCAAAUUUUAAUGAAUGAAUGUGUCGCAGAGCACCUCGCAUUCUCGGCUACGGGACGCAGCGGCCGUGGCGGCUGAGGAGGCGUACCACUUCGCGGGGAUGGCGCUGUGCGCCUGCGACCUGGUGCUGGACACGUACUACAGCGUCAAGCCCAAGCGCGACAUCAGCAGCGUCGCGAUCUCCAUGGCUCUCUUCAUCUUUCACACCCUAUUCCUGGGACGCAACCGGCACUCCAGCGUGAUGCCCUCGAAGCUCGUCUACCUGCUGGACAUGCUCUUACACGUGGGAGCUUUCGCCAUGGACGCUGCGCUCGUGGUCUCGCUGCUGAGGUAUCCAACCGAAGACCUCGGCACCGAGACGACGCGGCUGCGAUGGAGGCUGUUCGGCAACUCGACCUCCAUUCCGGUCAUCCUCGUUCGCAUCGUCUACCACACCGGUAUCCUCGUCACGUACUACCACUGGGUCCAGCUUAGGCCGCCGCCCACAACGGCCCCCUAUCGCGCUUCCAACUGCGUAUCCUGGCUGGGCGAGACCGUGCGCACUGGGCUGCAACACCGGCCAGUAGCCCCGCUGGUCCCCCCAGCACUACUUGGUGACGCGUUGGAACGGGAUCGGCCGGUGGACGCACAACAGAUAUGCCUGCCAUCGUUCGAGCUCCAACACCGGCCAGUAUCCGACGCAGUCACCAAGAGGCGGCCCGCCGCGCAGGCUAACGAGCGCCGAGAAGGUACAAACGAACGACACCCACCGACGGGAGCCCGCCACGUUGACCAAGACGCCUGAACCUAUUGCGCUCAAACAUGGCACGUGCGUGCACAAACACCCGUGCUGAAAUUGCUAAAGUUCGUACUUAUAAAAUUCACCUUUGAUGCAACAGUUUCUCAGAGUUAUCUGCUCUUCUUGACCCAGAGUCAAGGUGCAGGCCGACAGAAGGAAACGCACGGUGGAUUAAGUGU